AUGUCAGUUGGAGCCUUUCGCAUAUCACCAAUUUCACCAACUCAUGGUACUCUGUUAAUGCCAUCAUCGUCUACAUCAACAUUCGGUACCUUUGUACGUGAAACAGUAUCAAAUUUGAUUGCACCAUUCCGUAAAGAAUACAAGAAUUGGCCAUGGACUGAGAUUGCAGUUGUUUCUGUUGCAUGCGUUGGCUCUUAUACAAUUUACAAACUUUCACCAGUACUUUAUCAACGAUUUUAUAUGUAUUCCACUGCGCAGUAUGUAUCAGAAUACAACAAAGUAUUACGUGCACAUAAAGAAAAAUUAUUUUCACAACUUGAAACGAUUAAAUCAUCAAAUAGUGCUAAACUGAAUGUUGUGGAAAUUGGUGUCGGAUCUGGUGCUAAUUUCCCCUUUUAUCCUAGAGAUAUUAUUGAAGUGGUAGGUGUAGAUCCCAAUCGUGAAUGGGAAAGUUAUUUAACUGAUACACUGAAAAAAAAUCGUCAUGUAACAUGUCCUGAAUUAUUAGUGGGCAAUGCAGAAAAUAUCUCAGUUAUUCGUGAAUCACAAGUGGAUGCUGUUGUUAGUACGUUGACAUUAUCAUGUGUAAAAGAUGUUGAUCAAGUGUGCCAAGAAGUUCGACGAAUUUUGAAACCGGGCGGUUUAUUUCUUUAUUUGGAAAAUAUUCGCUCAGAAAAUAUCAUUAUUGCGCUUAUUCAAGCAUUAUUUACACCGUUUUACAAAUUAUUCUAUGGUAUGUCACUAAUACGAAGCAUCCCAGAAAAUAUCGAACGUGCAAAGUUCACCGAAUUUUCACAACAACUGUUCUAUGCAAAUGGGAUAACAUUUCUUAUGGCACCUCAUGUAGUAGGAAUAGCAAAAAAAUGA